AUGUCGGAGAGAAUACAGUCAGAUAAACAGCCAGCGGCCAUACCGCAGAGGCUGAAAGACAUGAAGGAAAUGGGGAAGGAUAUUAUUGGAAUCCCCGUCAUCAAGCCACAGCCGGGAACAUUUUCUGGCAUGUUCACUCUUGGAUUUCUGUAUGUCACUUGGGGUAGGCAGAAGUGGCUGGGCCAUACUUUUCAAAUAUACCAUGCCUUUUUAACGGUUGACCUUUCAAAGGGAGAGAACCGAUUCAUAUGGAAGCCCAAGUACGAUCGCCAAGAAUCGUUGCUACGAAUCAAAAGCUGGCUUAGUUCAUCGCCAACCAUAUCAAGAUUGACACCUCGGCUGCCAACAAGGCUGCUUCACUGCCAAUCGUCAGCUAAUCUCGCAGGAGACCCUACAGUUAAACUAGUCAAUACGGUUGGCUUUGACGUAUCUACUCGUUACAUCGCCCUCAGUCAUCGCUGGGGCGCAGGACAACCACUCAUGUUGUUGGAGUCUCUGAGAGAUACAUUCUUUAAGAACAUCCCCUUCGGUACGAUCCCACCAACAUUUCAAGACGCCAUCAGAUUAGCCAAUGCGCUAGACGUUGAGUACAUUUGGAUUGACUCGCUCUGUAUCAUUCAGGAUUCCAAGGAUGAUUGGCAGACAGAAGCUGCACAAAUGGCUUCUAUAUACUCCCUUUCCUAUGUCACAAUCUCCGCCACUGCUGCCCAAGAUUCUGCAGCUGGUCUCAAACAACAACAUCCAAUGCUGAAGCAUCCUUGUGAGAUCAUUCCAUCCUGGACAGGGUUUGAGAAUCAGAUUCCACCUGUGCCUGUGAGGAUUGUGAACAGAUCCGCUUUCUGCGACGCAGUUCUUGCCCAGCCUCUGUUUCGCAGGGGAUGGGUCUUCCAAGAAUGGAUCCUAUCGCCAAGGACCAUCCAUGUCGCUCGAGACCAGCUUUGGUGGACCUCGGCCUCAGAUAUGACUUCUGGAGGGUUUGCCGCAAACGAGACAUGCGAAGGCUUUGACUUUGACGUUCAUCGAGAAUACAUCCAUACGAUGGCUCCGGGGGCCCUGUACUCGAUGGAAAGCCAAAGUGAAGAGAGUCUUCAGCUCGUGUGGCAUAUUUUGCUGCAAGAAUACAUGUCACGCUCACUCACAUUUGAGUCCGAUCGCUUGGUAGCAUUUGCCGGUAUCGCUAGCUUUUACCAGAGUCAUGCGAAGAUUAAAGCAGACUCUUAUCUGGCAGGAAUAUGGCGCCAUGUUCUUCUUCAAGAUCUAUUAUGGACUAUAAGUGAGGGUAGAAAAGUGUCACCGCCACUGAAUUACCGCGCCCCAUCGUGGUCUUGGGCGUCCGUGGAGCCAGCACCAGAUACGAAAAAGCAGUUCCUGAUAGGGAGCAAGGAGAUAAACAUAAAACUAUCAGAGACGGAACAGCCUUGGGUCCGUACAGCCACUGUCAUUGAGGCAUCUGUUGAAAGAAUGGGGUCAGAAUUUGGUUCAGUUUCUGGCGGGUACAUUGUCCUUCACGGGCCAUUGAUCAAGGCUCGUCUCUCUAUGAACACGAUCGAUUUAUCGAAUCACCUCACGGAAAAACAGGCUUUAGAGUUCGUACCAGGCGGAAAGUUGCGAUUUGUUCAAAACCAGGUUACAGUGCCAGGGGGUCCAACUGAGGCAACCAUGGGAGCAUAUACACAUUUGUCGGUGACCAGGGCUUUGCUCGAUGAUGUUAUCCCAACUGUGCUGGCUGAAGAGGUUGUCGAUAUUUAUGUUUCAGUCUUCUACUGCCGCUUUACUCGUGAUGGAAGUCCUAUUGGUGAAGCAUUGGUCCUUGUUAGAGGCAUUGAGAAGGGAGAGUUCCGUCGAAUUGGCCAGGUCAGCAUGACUGGAGAGACCAUAGAGCCCUGGGCUGAGAAUAGGGACUUUAGCAAGUUUGCGCCUCUUACAGACGAGGAAGAAUUCCUCAGUGUGGGGGACCAACCUGGGAUCUACAACUAUCGAAUUCUCUAG